UCCAGAUGGCAACGCUCCCUCAAUCCACUUCGUGGCCUCUCGCUGCUCACUCUCCCCCUCCCUCCCUAGUUCCAAAAUACUCUUAUCAAUCAAUCGUCAAUCUUUUAGGCGACUCAGUGAGACUCCAUUUGGUUGCGGCGGCAUCAGCUCAACUUAAGCUCUUAAACCACAUAGCGAGAUGCAUCUGCAGAAAAUGCAAGCCUUUGCUACUACACAUGCAAUCUACUUCAAGGUUCAUUGUGACAAUACCUCUAGGGGGAAAGGACAUUGAGAUUAGGUCGGCUUUCAUUAUCUCUAAAGAGAUAUAAAGGCAAGUCUUUCUCAGCUGGGAGAUUGCAGAACCAAUUCUGUAGAGCAGUUUAGAGAUAGGGCAAAAUGACGGCUUCAAUACUAGCUCUCACAUCCUCCCUUUCUUCGCUCUCAUUUUCGUCCCAUGUAGCUCAGAAACCUACCACUGUUUCAUUUCCCUGUUCCAGAUCAGCCUCCAUUGCAAACAUAUGUGGAACCUCUAGCCGUACCCCUCGGCUUGUUGUCUCUGCCACUGUAGCUUCUCCGGAGUUGGAAACUGUGAACCUCAAGAAAUAUGUGAAAUCGAGGCUUCCUGGUGGGUUUGCAGCUCAGACAAUCAUUGGUACUGGUCGGCGAAAAUGUGCAAUUGCUCGUGUUGUACUCCAAGAGGGCACUGGCAAAGUUGUAAUCAACUAUCGUGAUGCCAAGGAAUAUCUUCAAGGCAAUCCAUUAUGGUUACAAUAUGUCAAAGUUCCAUUGGUUACUUUGGGAUAUGAAAGUAACUAUGAUGUGUUUGUCAAGGCUCAUGGUGGUGGCCUUUCUGGUCAGGCUCAAGCUAUAUCACUUGGCAUUGCUCGAGCAUUGCUUAAGGUAAGUGAGGACCACAGAAGACCUCUGAGAAAGGAAGGUCUACUAACCAGGGACUCCAGAGUUGUUGAGAGGAAGAAACCUGGUUUGAAGAAAGCUCGCAAAGCCCCCCAGUUCUCAAAACGUUGAUUUGGUGGUUUAUUUAGUUUCCUUCCUUAUUAUUUGUUAUAGCUCGUUUCAUCAAAGAUCUUUACUUUCAUUGUAAAUUCAGUUGAGAUUCAUAUGUUAUGGUUGCUGAAGAUUUAGAUUGAUUUAGGCUCCGUAUUCAGGUCCAAACUCUUUUGAAAAAACUUUUGGUUUAGGCUCCUGACGUUUUAUGUACAACCCAAACAUAUGAUGGUUUUAUCAAGUAAAUGUGAAAUUGUUAUGCUGUCUUUGUUAAGUAUUAAA